GACGGCGACGGCUGCGAAGAGGAUAAGCAAAGCAGCAAGAGUGAGCUGCUGCUGCUCAGCUCGGCGAUGAGAUGAUGCCACCACCAGUUCAAACCCUACGCCUCCUCCUCCUCACCCCUUUCCCGCCACCUCCUCGCCUCCGCUUCCACCGCCUUACGGCCACAGGGAGGUCCGACAAUGCCGCCGCGGCGUCCGGCACCACGGCGAGGGAGCGCCGCCUCGCCAAGGUGCGGGAGGAGCGCCGCCGCCGUCAGCACGAGCUCGACAACACCUAUCCCGGCUGGGCAAGGGUUCUGGAGAAUGCCUGCAGGGACGACGACGAACUCCGCGCCAUUCUCGGUGAUAGCAUCGGGAACCCAGAGCUCAUGAAGCAAAGGAUCCAAGAAAGGGUACGCAAGAAAGGCAGGGCACAAUUCAACAAAUCCAAGACAGGGUCUAUUGUUGCAUUCAAAGUCAGCUUUCGAGACUUCAACCCACUAAAUUCAUUCAUUUGGUUUGAACUCUUUGGAGAACCAACGGAUCGAGAUGUUGAUCUGCUUGGCGGUGUGAUUCAGGCUUGGUAUGUCAUGGGGAGAUUAGGAGCUUACAACUCUUCAAAUUUGCAGCUGGCCAAUUCAAUGCUGGACUAUGACCCUUCAUAUGAUUCUGAUCAAGCUUCUGGUGUGAUGCCUUCAUCUUUCCAUGAUAUCAGUGAUGUCGAAUUCCAAGACAAUUGGGGCAGAGUUUGGGUGGAUCUUGGAACAUCGGAUUAUCUUGGAUUGGAUGUAUUACUCAACUGUCUUACACAAUUAAGCUCAGAGCACUUGGGCAUCAAACAAGUGGUAUUUGGUGGCAAAAAAAUGGGCGACUGGGAAGAGGGGAUGAAGAACUCUGAUUACGGAUACAGGCAUUUCAAGAUAUAGCUGUACCGAGGAGUGAUAUGCAAUGGUCAUGUGAGGGAGGCCUUCAUAUGUACUCCAGGCCUCUGGGGAUUCUCCGGCCUAUAGUGGCAAGACUUUUCACUUGAAGCAGAGAAAUUUUUUGGACGACUGACCAAGAUUAGUGUGCCUAGAUUGAUCUUGUGCUCGUGUGUGUAAAUAAUUUUAAUUUUCCUCUAGGUUGUAUUAGAACUGAAUCCAACAAUCCAGUAAAAUGUAUUGUAGCAAUUAUAUCAAACAGUUACAAAAUCAUGAGCAA